GAAGCGAUGUCGCUGCUGCCACCUUCCCUCGGGCCGGGGCUGCGCCGCCCGGGCUGAGCCACAGCGCCAGCAGCUAGCCGAGUGGCCGCCGGGCAAGAUCACAGCGCGGGAGGAUGGGCUGCGGCGGGAGCAGGGCUGAUGCCAUCGAGCCCCGCUACUACGAGAGCUGGACCCGGGAGACAGAGUCCACCUGGCUCACCUACACCGACUCGGACGCGCAGCCCAGUGCCGCUGGCCCUGACACUGGCCCCGAGGCCGGUGGCCUGCACACGGGUGUGCUGGAAGAUGGACUGUCCUCUAAUGGUGUUCCCCGACCUACAGCCCCAGGUGGAAUAUCCAACCAAGAGAAGAUGAUGAACUGUGGGACCCAGUGCCAGAAUUCCCAGAGCCUCAGCUCAGGCCCUUUGACCCAGAAACAGAAUGGCCUUUGGACCACAGAGGCUAAAAGAGAUACCAAGAGGAUGUCUGCAAAAGAAGUCACCAUUAACGUUACAGACAGCAUCCGACAGAUGGACAGAAGUAAAAGAAUCACAAAGAACUGUGUCAAUUAG